AUGGCGCCUGCAGCAUCAUUACAGAAUCUCCUGAAACUUGGGACUAAAAUCAUGGCCGUUGGUCGCAACUAUGCCGCGCACACCAAAGAACUCGGCAACACCGUUCCCAAGGAACCAGUCUUGUUUUUAAAGCCGACAUCAUUGUAUUUGGAAAAUGGAGGAACAAUUGAGGUUCCACACCCUUUGAAUUCUUUAGAUCAUGAAGUUAAGCUUGCGGUUAUGAUUGGACAAAAAGCUCGUGAUGUGCCUGAAAACACUGCCAUGAAUCAUGUCGGAGGCUAUCCUUUGGCACUGGACAUGACUGCAAGGGAAAUCCAAUUUGCUGCAAGCUAUUUUACUCCUAUUAUUGGUGUGUUAACAAAUAAGAGUGGGAUCAACACAUUAGAUGAAUCUGCAGGUCUUCCGUGGACAGUUGCCAAAGGGCAAGGCACCUUCACACCUAUCAGUUCUGUUAUGAUGACUGUCUUUUUACCUCUUACACGUGUUGAAUCUGUUGAUUGA